GGCAAAGAUGACGGCCAGCCUUUGAUGGUGACGCCUUUUCCCUUGUUCUGCCCUUGACCUAUUUAUCCUUCACGCUUUCUAAUUCACACUCGUUCAAUUUAAUCCAACUCAGCACAAUGGCCGCUUCUCUCUUCUCGUCCGACCUCCUCUCGCCUGAGGUGCAGGCUGCCCUGCCUGAGGGCUACGUCCUGCGCGCCUUGCGUCGCGACGAUCACGCCUCGGGCUUCCUCGACUGCCUGCGCGUCCUCACCACGGUGGGCGAUGUCACCGAGGAGGGUUUCCAGCAACAAUUCGACACCAUGGAGAAGCAGGGCGGCUACUACCUCAUUGUGAUUGAGGACACCAGCUUGACGGAGAGCCCCGUUGUUGCGACGGGCGCGCUGAUCGUCGAGAGGAAGUUCAUUCACAACCUCGGAGCGGUCGGACACAUUGAAGACAUUGCGGUCGCCCGCAACCAGCAAGGCAAAAAACUCGGUCUCCGCCUGAUCCAGGCGCUCGACUUUGUCGCCGACAAGGUGGGCUGCUACAAGAGCAUCCUCGACUGCAGCGAGGCGAACGAGGGUUUCUACAUCAAGUGCGGCUUUCGGCGAGCGGGCUUGCAGAUGGCGCACUAUUACGAGAAGAAAUAGGACGCUUCCGAUGCGCGACAGGACGGACUGGGACACCAGCGGCUGCGGAAGAAAGGGGCGUUCAAUGGUUGGAUAGAUACGGUACAUUAACGAUAGACAAUAGACAUGGACUCGACUCGGGGCGCAGAGGCUUCUCCACGCCAAGCUGACAGAGCAUCGCGAAGGAUGUGCCGCAUUCGAGUAACCUCCCGACAAUUCGGACAAUUAUAUUGGGUGGCGAAUAAUUUCACGGCCCAUCUGGACCCUGUCGCCCUGGAGCAAGCCGAGUGAGGUGCUUUAACUCUUCGCCCGCAGAUUGAAAAGGCCUUUGAGACGUAC